AUGGCGGGCCUGUCAACUACUGCGAAAAUCAUUAAAUUUGUCAUUGUCGCUUGCAAUAUCCUCUCUCUUGUAAGUUGCCCUUCCAUAGUACCAUUUGGCCCUUUAUGGUCUUGUUCAUUCCAGAAAAGUCAUUGAAUCAUUCUUACGUGGCAUGUUUUGUCACCUUAAGUUCUUUAGCACCUCAUAUUGGUUUCAUAAUAAUCUAAGUUCUACGAUUGCGAACUUGGCUUCAUCGUUGCAAGCUAACAAAAAGGUUCCAGUAAUACGAAUAUACUUGCAAUGCACCACACACUUUAUAUUUUAGCCACAAGGACAACCAUUGUAUAAGUAAACAGUCGUACUUGUUAGUGGACGUAGUUGAAAUCUAUUGUUCUCCAGAAAUAAAUGCCAACGCUUUCAAAAGUUUGGGUGUUUGUCGCUUAAAGGUUGUUAUAUCAAAUAAUGAGCUCAGCCAACAGGAUGCGAACCUACUACGACUAGUGUUCAAAACAAAAUGGGUAAUUUGGCUUAAAUACGCAAAAAAGGAUAAGAAGAGAAAGAAAACUAGGUCGCUUAUAAUAAGCUUGAGAAUUUACGCUUUAAUGUUUGCACAUAAUGAUCAAAACAUAUAUUUGAUAAAUAAAAGGCAAUUUUCGAAUUUAACCGCCACCGCUUUCUGUUUUAGCUAUUUGGCCUGGCAAUUUUCAUAGUGGGAAUCCUCGAUCUCGUUCUUUUUGAAAGCAUCAGCGAGGCUAAGAUUAUGACGAUUUCAACCGGCGUUGCCGCUGGAGCCAUCGUACUUGGCUUCUUCAUAGCGUUGGUUGCGUUUUUAGGCCUAUUUGGAGCACUUCGGGCGAGCGCAAGUGUGCUCAUUGUGGUAGGCAAUCGUCUUCCAAUGUAUCUACUUCCUUCUUCUUUUAGUAUGCGGUUACUGUCCUGCUGAUCGGUUGCUCAACACUCGUCCUUUUGAUAUUUACCUUUGUUGAACGGGAUUAUGUCUGUCUUCUCAUUUAAUACACUAACAAAUCACUCAUAACCUCCUCAUAGAUCCCCAAAGCCGUCCACGAUGCUGUUAGGGCUACUUUGCAGGAAAACAUGACUAAGUACGAGAGAAGCGAAAAAUGGACCGCUAUCAUUAAAUGGUUGGAAUCUACCGUAAGUUAACUGUGUGAUCUUCCACUUCACCAACAAUUGUUUUCUCCUUACCUUACCUUACCGUGUUUACUUCCUCGUUCAGUUCGAUUGCACCGCAGCAGAUUAUUCACCGAGUGCUGUCCAUGGUAAACACGGUAAGAUCAGCGGUCUGAGAGAGGAGGGCGGCAGACUGGUAAGACAUCAUCAAUUCUGAUAUUUUUAGUAUUUGGAACUAAAGUCUACCAAACACUUCAGUAACUGCAUUUAAAGGUGGCCUAACUAUCUUUUGCGAAGCCAGUUGGUUAGUGAGUCUGUGGAUUGAAUGAGAGUGGAAAAUUGCUCAGAUUAUUACGACCAAUGGACUCGCAAAAUUGAAAUGGUUAACCGAUUAGAUCUAGCCAGAUCGGUGCAUAGCAUUUUCGUCGCAGAGGUACAUGAUACUGCUUUUCGACUUAAAUAAUGAGAUGCGCCUCAGUUUUCAAAUUUGAACACCCGCUUAUGAAUUUUCAGGUGAGAUUUGACGUCUUCGCAUGAUAGAGGUCUUAAAUGCUAGAUCUGACAUGGGUAUUCGGCUAAAGGAGACAUAAAAGUAGGCAAAAAUGAUUAGUUGAGGUGAAAAUACAGCAGUCUCCGUCUUUUUGGUGUCUGUUUUAACUCCAUCCUAUUUACAUUAUUCAUGGAUGUCCUGGCAGAUUGUUUAAUACUUCAUAUUGACCCAGUUAUGAAAAAAUCGGCGUCUCGGUGGAAUUCGAACCCACGACAGUAAUCAACGCUCUAACCACCUGAGCUUCGAGGCCCCGCCGAACGAUCCGAAUUAUUCAAAAAUUUGCUAAAACAUCAGCGAAUUACGUGAGCCUGGUAGCCAUCUGGUGGAUUCUAGGUGAAUUACUUAGGAAAUCCUGCUUGAGCAGUCAACUUACUGUAUCAGAUUUGGUGGAUUCCAGACGCUGCAGUAGGUUGGGCGGGUAACUUGACCUAAAUGUGAUUAAACUCGCGUCGUCCGGCGGGACCUCGUAGCUCAGGUGGAUAGAGCGUUGGCUGUACUAAAGCCUUCCUCUUACUGUUGUGCGUCCGAAUCCCAUCGAGACGCGGAGUUUUUCGCAGUUGGGUCAAUAUGAAUUAUUGACAUUAUGCUUCGUCAGUUCGUUCUAUCAGGACCAAACACUCUGAAACCUAAUUUAUGGCACCAAUCUUUCUGCCGUAGUGCUGCUGAGCGGAUUGUUGCUAUUUCUCCCCCGUUUUUUGCUCUAGAGUUGUCCUGAAGCUGUCGCAGAGACAGUUGCGGCCGAACUGGUGACAAUUGGAGGAUGUCUGAUAGGCAUUACACUCCUCAGCUUCUUCGCAUCCGCCAUGGCCUUUGUGCUCGCGCGUGAUAUCAAAGCCUACGAGAAACUGUAA